GUUGCUAUGACACCCAACUCAGCCAAUGAAAUCAUUUGUUUUUGAAUCUAUCACCAUUUUAAACUAAACGUAACAUUAUGAAUCUUUGCUGACAAUUUACUUUUUUAAACUUUACUUGAUUUCAGUUAAUUACAACGAUUUUACCGAAAUAAUGUCGAGCCAAGCCAUUAUUGACAAAGGACUGGUUUCAUCAACGAACAAAUUGUUGCAACAUCUCCAUGUCUAUCAAGAAGUGAAAUGUGUAGCAGAUAUUACAGCUGAAACAUUUGUAAUUAUCUUUGAAGGUCUCUAUGGUGAGAAUCUCCCAGAACUCCAUGGUAAGCCUCUAACAAAAGAGGACAAUAUCCAUAAUUGCCAAGUUGUAAUUGAUGCUUUAGCAACCAAAGUUCUGAAUACUUCCCUUUCUCACAUCACUGGAGAAAGCAUUGUCAAUGGAAACAGAAUGGCAAUUAACAACUUGCUUGAAAUAUUCACUGAUUUGUUUGAGUUUCUUACUGAGAAGAUAGAAGCUGUAGAAGAUGUGGUUGAUGAUGGCUUAGAAGAUUUCAUUCAGGAUAAGGUAUUUUUGGAAGAUUGGAUUCACCAAAAACACAUAGAAAAUUAUAAAGAGAAACUUUCUUCUCCAGGAGCAACAUCUGGCUGUUCUCGCUUUGCUUGGCAGGACAGUACCACAGUAGCAGAAAAGGAAGAUGAUCUGAAGACAUUAGAACCAGAUAUACUCAAUCGUACGAUGACACUUAGAUCAUACCAUGUUCCAGAUGUUACUGAACCAGCUCCAUCAGUACCAUAUCAAACUCCAGAAAUUCUUCAACCUACAUAUCCACCAAAGCAAGUUCAAAGAAGUUCUAAAAUUCAAAAUAAAGUGAAAGAAGAUUUUGUGCCUUUAUUUAAGCCUCCAGAAUAUAUCACCAAAGUUGAUUCCUCUUGCCAAACCAUACCAUUCUAUGACGAACCAUUGAAAGAUAAGAAUUAUCAGGAAGAUUUAAAUGGCCCUUCGAAGAUUAUUGGUUCAGACACAAAAACAUCUUCAUUUCCAACAAAUAUUAGAAGAAAUUCUGACUCAUCGACUCAAACGGAGAAAUCCAUCUAUUCUGAAUCGAAUGAUAUCUUGGAGCAAUACAGACCUGGACGCAGUACGGAUCAACUAUUGGAUAUGAUUGAGUCAGCAUUAAAACAACUAGAAAUUGAAAGUCAACCAACAUGCUACAACAAGAUUCAUCAGAAACAAGUACACUUUGAAGAUGUAUAUAAACCUAAGGAGAAAAGUUUCCAUCAGAACCCUAUUGUCUGUCAUGAUUGGAAAAAAAAUAAACAAUUACAAUUUCUGAAAAAGAACUACUCGGAAGACCUUGCUCAGUUUUCAGAAGAUGUUAAGGUGACCCUGAAAAAUGAAAAAACUGCUGCUAACAUGAAAGAAUAUCGGAAUCCUUCUAGCACCUCAGUAAAGCAUCAAAGACCUUUGAUGAGACGUUCAGGUAAAACACUAUCAGUCACUUCCCAUCAACGCGAUAGGAGGAAACCAGUCACCAGCACUUCACGAAAGACAGAAAUUAGUGGAGAAGCUCUGCUUCCCACAUUACUUGAUGACCUUCCACUUCUGCAUCUGUCUACGGAUACGUGGCACGAACUCUGGCGGAAGAACAUUGUUCAGUUGGAACAUCUGACUAAGUCUUACUAUGAGAAACAUCGCAAAAGAGACAAUACAAGACAGCAGAUUAAAGAUGCUGAAAAACGGCGAGAAAUUCUUCAUGAUAUUAUGAAGAAAGAGCUUUCUCAUAUGCAUAGAUUGAAAGAAAUUAAAGAAAGCAAGAAACGGCGCAUCGAAGUAAGAAAUCGGUUGCAUGAAAAACGGAUCGUAUCAGCAAAGGCUCGGAGAUACUAUGAUGAUUUUUCAGUAAGAAUGCGUUCUCGAAUGAUGAACCGGAAGACCAAAGAAGAAUUGCUUUUCAAGAACAUGUUCAAAGUUUUCUUAACCAAUGUCACCUACUGUGACCAGUUUGGAAUGCUUGCAGAAGCUAUGAAAAAACAAAUAGCAGAGAAGCAAAUGAUGCACAAUGAACAUAUUAAGUUAAAAUCCAACAUGAAAAAAGAGUUACGUAACAAGAUGGAGAAAGACAUCCACACCAUCCAGGAGCAACUGUGUGAUGACGAUGAUCACAUUCACUUCCGUCAACUUGACACUGACAGGUUAAAACAAGAGUUACAAAUGGCUAAUUAUAUUUUUAAAUCUCGACCACAUCAGUAUGCUGAAUGAUUCGUUAAAGAGACGACAGUAAUCAGUAAUCCUUUCUCGAUGGUCACCUAACAUCCAUCAACACCACCAAAAGUGCAGAACGAACUUGAUGACUGAUUGAUUAACUUUUCAUACAAGAUUUCAUUUCAUGUAAAUAUAUGCAAUACAUAAAGCAGAUAACAUUCGUUUCCAUCAUCUAACUAAAACAGCAGAUAAUUAAAACUAUUUUUUUUUCUCCUCUUGUUCUGCUGCCAUUUUGAAAGUUUUAAGUGCUGUAAAAUGUCACCACAAUCACAUAAUAUAGUUACUGUGUGGUGUCUCUGCCACAUUCUGCUGUGGUUGAUAAACAUGUAUACCAUUCUUCACUUGGUGUUGAAUAGUGUUAGAGGUACACAAUAAGGAUUAUGCAAUAUUCAUAAAACACAUUCUGUGCAUAGUAGUAUGGAAAAUAUCUUAGGACUUUUAUUUUAUAUAUGUGUAAGUGUGUGUAUAAUAUGAAUAUAUAUAUUGCAUAUAUAUGUAUAUACAUGUGGGCAUGUAUAUACAGGGUGCAGUAAAUAAAUUGUCGUCUAAAUUAAGCAAAAAUGAAAAUAACAUGGACAUCUCAUUUUAACAGAUAUAUUUACCAAAAUUACAUAAAAAUUUCUUGAAAUACUAAAAAGUAAAUUUAUUCAAUAAAAUCGUCAUUGACUUCAACUACAGCCUCCAGACAACUUCGGAAUCUCUUACACCUCUUCUGGACGGUCUCCUUGUUUAAGUUGGUGAAUGCUGCCAUAAUCCUUGCCUUCAGUUCAUGUUUGGUAUUACAAAGGGUUUUGUUGGUCUCUUGCUCAACUGCAACCCACACAAUAAUCAAGUGGGUAGCAGCCUGGGGAGUUAGGUGACCAGAUAUUAGGGGUGAUGUGGUCGCAGAAAUUGUCUGACAGCUAUGACUGAGUUCUACUUGUGUGGCAUGAGGCAGAUUCUUGUUGCCAGACAUAGGGUUUUCCAGCAACCACCCUCUUGAAUCAGGGCAGUACUACCUCCUCCAGGUACUUGGUGUAGGCCUCUGUGUUGAAUCUGAGGCUGUGUGAGAAGAUGAAUGGAGGCAUAACGUCACCAAUCAUUAGUAAUCACUCCAAACAUCAUGUUGUUGAUUGGAUGUUUGAUUUUUAUCACUCAUGGUAUAUGUUUUGGGGAUACGGCAAGCCAACAGUUAUUUUGUGUGUUCACCAUCUGAUCCUGGCAGAAAUUUUUCUUGUCUGAGAAAAACCAAAGCAUGGGAUGCUUGAGUUUGUUCAAAAGCUUUGUAGCGUGGUCUUUCCUCUUCUCUUUGAUGGCUUGGGAUAAAAAUUGACCCUUUUUCAUCUUGUUUGAGAAAUACCGAAUGUCUUCAUGCACUACCUGCCUGAUAAGUAACUCGGACACUCCCAUGUCCCUGGCAAUGGGCCUGAUUGAUUUGGAGGGAUUGUUGUCAAUCAUGGCCUGAAUCUCACCAUGAAAUUCAGGCGGUCUUUUCUUAUCAGAAUGUUCAGAGUGAGUUUUCCAAGCUGUCAUAACUUUGUAGUCACCCUUAGAUUCAUCCAACUCAUUCCGAAUCCUCUGCAGUCCUCAGAUUGACACCCACACACUUUGAAAUGUUUGUAUCGGUGCUUCCAGUGCUAAUGCCAAGCAGUACAAUAUGUCGUUUCCAAAUUUUUGGCAGAAUGAAUUGCGCUAUCAUGCUUUUUUUAUUCACAGAUGGUGUCCAACUGACCCGGCUGUAUUGUGGAGUUGACAAAAUCAAAAACAAACAAUGCACAUGCAUGAAAUUAAAAAUUUUAAAUGGCGACAAUUUACCCAUCGCACCCUGUAUAUGUAUACAUAUGUGUGUGUGCCUGUACUUCUGUAUAUGUAUGUAAAUGUAUAAAUCAUCAUCCUCAUUAACAUUUAAUGUCCAUGUUCCAUGCUGGCAUGAGUUGUUUGACAGAAACCAGUGUGUGCUAGAACUGCAUUGAGCUCCAAUAUCUGCUUUGGCAUGGUUUUACUGCUGGAUGUCCUUCACACAUACAUAUAUAUAUAUGUAUGAAAGCCUUUGACAGGGUACCCCAAUCCCUUAUCUGAUGGUCAAUGAGGAAACUAGGGAUAGAUGAAUGAUUAGUGGGAGUUAUGCAAGCCAUGUACAGGGAUGCUAUCAGUAAUGUGAGGGUUAGCACCGAGUACAGUGAAAAAUUCCAGGUAGGGGGAGGGGUCUGCCAAUGAUCAGUCCUCAGCCCCCUCUUAUUCAUCAUAGUCCUCCAGGCAAUAACAGAAGAAUUCAAAACAGGAUACCCCUGGGAGCUCCUCUAUGCUGAUGACCUUGCACUAAUUGCUGCCAUAGUUAUCAUAUACGCAGCUACCCAACGUCCGAAAAUUGAUUUCAUAUUUUAGCUUUUUAUUUAUUUAUCGUUUAUGGUCAUAAGUCGCAUAGGUUGUAAGUUGAGGGAAAAUUGUAUAUGAAGACAACCACCAAUUUUUCUAUGUGAUCAGCUUGAAGAAUUGUUAAGAUAUUUCUUAACAUGAAACCAAUGGUAGCCUUGAUACACAUAUAAAGAAUCUUUAUCCACCAAUGCAGUGUUGAGCACUUGUUCUCAUUGUUUGAUAUUUAUGUAUCAAUGUUUCUGGCAUUCUUGAACAUUGAAUAAGCACUAAACACAAACAGAGAAUCAAAACAGACCAUGGUAAAACACGAAAUAAGAACAUCAUUGAAGAAUAUUCCUAUACUACGAAGGAAAGUGUACAUCAAGCAUCUUAUCAAUAAAACAGAAAGCAUCUCAAGGAGAAUAAAAUAGAAUGCUUAUUUUUUCGAUAAAGGUACGUGCAGCCCCAAUUCAGAGGACAGUUAUUUUUUUAGAUCUUACAAAAAUCUACCACAUAUUAAAGACCAAGAUAAUUUUGAAGACGAUCUCAUGAAAUUAGUUAAAAAUGUCAAGUUUAACCAUAAAUCCAACAACUACCACCACAAACUACAAACAUAGUUUGAACCUUUCAAAACAUCUCCAAACAUGUUUAUUAAAGCAGAUAAAAUAUAAAACAUUUACGAAGUAAACAACCACAUGCAUGGCAAAUUACGAACCAAUAAUAUAAUGAAAAUGUUUAAGAAAACAAGCCCCACCACCUAUAUUUUAAUCAAUGUUGAAGCAAAAAAAAUUAGCUACAAAGUUUAAAAUCAAAGAUAGAGUAGAAAAGCUUACCUCACAAAAUCUUUUUGUUACCCUGAAAUGGCUAUAAAGACAAUUUUAUACAAAAUCCUUGUUGUAGAUUGAUAAACACAACAAAAAGUGAAAUGGGAAUUAUAAGUAAAUCCAUAGUAGGUAACAUACAACAUAUCAGAGCAUCCUUAAACUCGUUCUCAUUGUUUGAUAUUUAUGUAUAAGACAUUCGAGCAAGAUCGUUGCCAGUGCCGAUGGGCUGGCACCUAUGCAGGUGACACGUAAAAUACACCAUUUCGAGCAUGGUCGUUGAUCGUUACUAACAUCGCCUCCCUGGCACUUACUUGUGCCAGUGGCACGUGAAAAGACAUUCGAGCAAGAUUGUUGCUAGUGCCGAUGGACUGGCUCCUGUGCAAGUGGCACGUAAAAUACACCAUUUUGAGCGUGGCCGUUGUCAGUGAUUGGCGUUAGGAAGGGCAUCCAGCUGUAGAAACUCUGCCAAAUCAGAUUGGAGCCUGGUGUAGCCAUAUGAUUCACCAGUCCUCAGUCAAAUCGUCCAACCCAUGCUAGCAGGGAAAGUGGACGUUAAACGACGAUCAUGAUGAUAAUUAUAUAUAUAUAUAUAUAUAUAUUGUGUUACUCUUGAAACCCUUGCAUUUUCAGAGUGAUACAAGGACAGUAUUCUUCACAUAUUUGUGUGAUACUGUAUUGUAAAGAGCAAAUGGAUAAAAUUAAAACCUUGCUCAAAAAUAAACUUGAUUUCUCAAUAGUUUGUGAAAUGUUAGGGCAGAAAUAGGGAAUCAAGCAGAAAUCCAAAUUAAGAGACCUAGCAAUUAAUCUGUUGUUCCCCAACAACAUUAUAGAAUUCUCUUAAGUAAAAUUAUUGGCACAAUUGUUGACCAUUUAAAAACAUGUUAUUUAUCCUUAGAAAGGCUUAAAUUCAUGGAAUUUUGUUUACCAUUCCUUCCCCAUCACCACUACCAAGCAUAGUGAUUCCUCUGUAGGCAGUAUAUGAGUUAGCAGUGCAAAGUUAACACCCGGUCUCCUUAGAGAUUUCUCAAACCUGCUUUUCCUUAUCAGACCUCAGUGCCUUGACUACUUCACCUCUUAGCCCUGGAAGCAAAUCAGUAGGGGCCCUACACAAUCUUGCCCUGUAGGUGUACUCUAUCAAUGUGAGGGUCUCUGAAAAGGAAACAUUUCCUAACCCAUUUUUGAAAACCAAUACACUCCCUAGCAAUUGACAGCAGGAUGUCCCUGUAAGUGUUUUUAUAUUUUAACAUUUGCUUAGUGUGUGUGUGUGCCCUCCUGCUAUGUUUAUAUGAACAUGUAUGUAUGUUAGUGUAUAUAUGUGUAUGUCUAUAUACACAAGAUAAUCAUUUAUUCCUUUGUUAUUUUGUUUUCUUAUUACUAUACACACACACACACACACACACGUAUAUUUUAUUUGUCUCACAUCUUAAGGCUUAACAUGUUUCAAUUUCAAACUUUAAUUUUAUAUUUUUAAUUUCAUAUAUUAUUUUAAGUUUUUAUCUUCAUUUUAUCUUUUAAUCUUCUACAUUUAAGUGUAAAUUAAACUUUUAUAAAAUUUCUUUUCAAUUCUUAAAUCUGUAAAAAAAUCUUUUAUUUUUAUUUUUGACUUAUUUUUAUUCUUGGAAUUCAAAAGAAAAUUCCAUUAUCUUUAAUUUUUAAUAUCAAUUUUAUAUUUUAAAAUCCUAUCUUUUGAUUUUAACUUUUAAAGUUCUCAACUAUACCAGUUGGUGAUGUAUUCACAAUCAGGUGUCCAAUGCGAUUCGUAUUUUGCUGCUCAUUAAAAAAGACUGCUCUGGUAUA